AUGCCGCGACGUCAAACUUUCGCUACUAUAAUAAUCACCAUCUCUAUUUUGAUCCCCUUCAUCUUGGCCAACCCAUUCCACCUCCCGAGACACGACGUUCAUAUCAAUCAUGUCGAAAAGGUGACUGCCAAAUCCAAUGCUAAUCCCCAUGCCAAUAACGUAGACGAUGACGGGAAUGGCAUUGGAACAAGCAUUGGCGGGAUUGCAAAUGUCGCCAAUGACAUUGUCAAUGGCAUAGCCAACGCAUUGAAACCGAACAACGAAAACUACACAGAAUACCCGCCUCCCGCGCUAGCCCAAGAGUUCAUCAUGGUGCAUAAUGAGAUUCGAAAGGCUGAGAACGUGCCGCCCUUAGUAUGGAAUGAGACGUUGGCCCAAUUCGCAGAAGAUUGGGCCAAGAAGCAGACCGAUUGCGGUAUGCGCCACUCGAAGGGCCAAUAUGGGGAGAACUUGUUCUGGGGUUUUAAGGCCCAUUGGUUGCCGAGAGAGGCAGUGGAGGAUUGGGCUCAUGAGAAGCAAUUUUACAAUAGAGAAAAGCGACAAUGCGCCCAAGACAAAGCUUGCGGCCACUACACGCAGAUUGUAUGGAAGACCACUCAACAAGUUGGGUGCGCUCGGUUCAGAUGCUCCAACGGAAGUUUGCUCAUUAUUUGUGAAUAUGCUCCACCUGGGAAUUAUGCCAAUGAGGACCCUUUUAAUCCAGGCUCUCCACUUUCUCCUCCUCCUACUCCUAGUGCUACUUCUCCACCAUCUUUGUCAUCACCGGUCAUCAUAAGCCAGGUCAGGGUCAUCAUAAGAAAGGUGGCGGCCAUCAUGAGAAAGGUCAGGGUGAAAAUGGCUCAGUGA